AUGCAAUUUCUUAUACCUCUACUACUACUAGCCACACUGUGGACAGCAUUCGCCAAGCGUGUUGUUCACAACUGGGACAUCACCUAUGUGACCACGAGCCGCGGUUUUGACCAGAAGCCAAAGCUUGGCAUAGCAGUCAACAGGACAUUUCCACUGCCGGUAGUUCGUGCAUCCAAAGGCGACAUGCUAGUUCUGCAUGUCCACAACUCGCUUGAUGUGCCUACCUCUCUGCAUGCCCACGGCAUAUUCCAGAACAAUACCAACUACUAUGAUGGUGCUGGCAUGGUCACCGAAUGCUCUAUUGCACCGGGGACCGACUUCACCUACGAGAUCCCGCUCAACCAGGCAGGAACAUACUGGACUCACGGACACACGGCCGAGCAAAAUUUCGAUGGCUUGCGCACUCCACUCAUCAUCGACGACCCCGACGAGCCGUAUACGUACGACGGCGAAUACCUGUUUGCUUUCGAAGACUGGUCGAUAUCGACGAUCGGAGAACUAAAGCCACUGAUGGAUGAUGUAAACCUCACCGAGUUCCGGAAAAAGCCGCUGCCGCUGACACUUGUGAAUGGAGCCAGUGCCAACUACACCCCGCCAAUGCACUUCUCACCCGGAAAGACAUAUAGGAUCCGACUGCUGGCAAUGCAGAACAUGCUCAUGGUAGAGUUCUCCAUCAACCAACAUACCUUGGAUGUUAUCGAAGUCGACGGUGCGUUGACCAAACGCAGACCCAUGCAGGCUGUCCGGAUCAACCCUGGACAGCGCGUCUCCGUGCUAGUUAGAGCCAAGCAGUCCCUGGCCAGCAACUAUGCUUACCAUGUCAGCGUGACACACUAUUUCUCGCCGAUUCCCCCCGGGUUCGUUCAACCACUGUACAACGGAACAGUGGUCUAUGCAGAGGACGCGGAGCUGGCGCCGGUUGAAUCCAUACUGUCUGAGCCGUUCGACGAGGUGUCUCUGGAGUCUCUGGACGAGUCACCGCUGCUUAUUCCUGACCGCUCUCUGUUUCUUAACGCGACAAUCGGUUACUCGGUGCAGAAUGUCUACAAGGAUACAUUCAAUAAUGUGGAAUUUAUGGAGCCGCUUGUGCCAACAAUGUUCAGCGCGCUGACACUUGGUCACAGGUCAUUGAACCCGUUCAUGUAUGGUCCGCAAACAAACGCACACGUACUGAAGCACCUCGAGGUUGUGGAGCUGCUGCUAUAUCAGACCAGAGACGUUCCCCACCCAUUACAUCUCCACGGCCACAACUUCCAGGUGGUUGCCCGCGGACUCGUCAACGACACCACAGGAAAGUAUCACCGCGAGGUCAAGCCAGGACAGUCGCCAGUCACCAGAGACACGAUCUUUCUCAUCAACGGAGAGUACGCAAUUGUCCGAUUCCGUGCAGAUAACCCUGGCAUUUGGAUGUUCCACUGCCAUGUGGCUAUACAUGCUGUUAGGGGCUUGAUGAUGGUGUUUGUUGAGGCACUAGACGUCAUGCAGCAGAGGAUCAAGGUCCCACAGUCAGUUGUCAGCCAGUGCAGGCGGCAAGGCAUUAAAACCACAGGAAAUGUGGUCGGUAACAUGGGAUACAAUAUUGCCGGCGCACCGCGCAGCUCGGACCUAUUACUUGUGUCACCAGAUGGUAUAAUCCGUUAA